AUUUAUUAUUAUUUUUACAGAAAAAAUUGUAUCGAAAAAUCUUUAUAAUAGAAUUUUGUCUUUAAAAACAAUAAAAAUUCAUAAAAAGUAUCGAAUAUAUACAAAAUCAUUUAGCCAAACUGUUUAAAAACUAAUAAAUGCCAUGUAACAAUAGUUUGAAAACACUAAAAAGUUGGAAAAUUUAAUAUUUUAUCCACAAAAAAUUCUAAUAAGAAAAAACAUCCCAAAAUUCAGUGGAUCAAAAUUGAGAACAGAUUUCUUGGGAAUUUCGUGUGAUUGAAAUUGAAAAUGGAGAAAAUGUCCUCAAAUAUGGGUUCAUCUAGUGGGAACAGUAGUAGUGGCGGAGAUGAUGAGGUAUUGCCGUCAAUAAUAGAAAUGGAUGAGCAAUCGCAGGAUCGUUCAAUAAGUUUGCGCGUCAUGAAUAAUUCUAGCAGUGUGCUAAAGAAAAUUGCCAAUUUGUAUGCGGAACAAUUAAUGUCGGACAUUAUAUUGGUGGUGGGUGACCAACAGUAUCCGGCUCACCGUGUUAUCCUAUGUGCCAGUAGCGAUGUGUUUCAAGUUAUGUUAAUGAAUCCCGAGUGGAAUGAAUGUCGCAAGCAUGUCAUUGAAUUGGUGGAGGAACCCUGUUGUGAGGCGGUAUUUCCACAAUUUCUCAAAUAUUUGUAUGUGGGCAAAAUCAAUAUAUCCCUUAACACCGUUAUGCCCAUGCUGGCUUUGGCCCAUAAAUACAAUGUACAAGAUUUGGUCGAACUUUGCGUACAAUAUAUGACGAAACACACCGCUAAAGCUGCAACGCAGGGCUUUCUUGUGUCUUGGCUGCAAUACACUAUUGCCUUUAGUCCCCAACACAAAGAGCUGACGGAAGCUUUAAAACGUUUCCUCAAAUGGAAUUUAGAAAUUGUUUCCGAAUCCAAAGAUUUUGUAGAACUUGAUGUGGCCGUUAUGGCCAUACUAUUGCAACAGAAUGAUUUGGUGGUACGCAGUGAAUAUAAACUUUUUAGUAUUUUGGAAAAUUGGUUGCUACAACGUAAAGAUCUUCUGGAUAAUGAUGAUUCAUUGACGGAUGUUGAAAAGCAUGAAAAUUUCAUACAACUUGUAGAACAGACCGUUAUACAUAUACGUUUUGCCAUGAUGACUCCUCGUGAAUUAGCCCAUUUACUUAUUUUCCCUUUAUUGGAAUAUCACAAAGAAUUUAUUGUUCAGCGUAUGGCUAUUGGUAUGUCGUACCAAUCGGGUCAGGAGGAACGUGUUAAAGAGGUGCGUAACUCUCUGGAUGGGUGUCUACAGUUUACUCCACGUCUCUAUUCGAACGAUACAUGGAGUAUUAGUAAAGUUGUGAAUAAUUUUGAUUUGAUCGACAAGUAUAGCAAUUAUGUGACAUGUUUCUUUACACCGGGAAAUAUUGCUGAGACUGAAGAUGAACAACCCAUAACAUGGGAAGUGGAAUUCUUUCCCCGUGGCAUCAAAUACAAUAAAGCUAAAAUGGUGUGGGGCGAAGAUGUACCAGAAGUCUCUCUUAAUACGGUGCGGGUAAGAGUAACUUGCAAACAUUUACAAGUCAAUGAAAAACGUUUCAAAAUUGCUUGCCUUAUAACUGGCGUACAAAAUAAAAUUGAUCAUAUUUUAACUUUGCAUGAACGCACUGAAUACUUUAGUGGCGAACAGCGUGUUGUUAAUCUAGAUAACUUAAUACCUUUCGAUGAAUUGGCAUUAUCUUCCAUUAACUUAUCACCGCAUUUGGUGGGACCAAAUCGUAAUAACCUAGAAUUACAUGUCAUAAUUGUACCAAUGGGUCCCUAUACUUGUCGUGAUACACCCUCGUUUGAUUUUAAAUAAAGUUACAUUUAACUUAGACGUUUACUUUAUUAUUAAAACAAAAAAACCACCCUUCCCCUCUUAACCUUCCCUCCUACAUACUCUUGCUAAUAUUUACUGAACAUAUAAUGUAAUGUAUGUAAUCAAAUGAUCUUUUUUUCUAAAUACAUAUAUUCCUUUUUUCCCCCAUUAUUUUAAGAUAUUAAAUUUAUUUUUGUAUUUUUUGGCUUGUUUCCAAACAAUGGAUAAUAAUAUUAAGUUGUAUAUUAUGUUUUAUUUAAUUGUUAUUAUUUUCUUUAAAUUACGCUAAUUUCGUUUAAACAACAUUUUAGUUUUGUAAUAAAUAUGAAAUUGUAUUAAAUUGAAUUCGAUCGACUGCUAAAAUAAAUAUAUUAAAUAAAUAAAUUUAAAAAGAUUUAUUAAAUUUUAAAUAAACUUU